CAGCUGGGCGCUCCGCACUCACUCACUCACAGCAAGGAAGCCUCCGGCUCUGCGAGCACGCUCGAGUAAAUCUCUGGAUCUAUUUUCUGGCAGAAAGCAGGAAAACAUCUCAUCAUGUGUCGAGGACUGGAUUCGCUGCCCAUCACCUGUCUGGAGAGGGCGAAGGAGCUGAAGGCUCUGUUCGGAAGUUUACUGCAGAAGUCGGAUCACAGCAUCACGGCUCAGGCGAAGAAAAGCGACAAACUGAAGCUGAAUGUCAGCGAGCCUCUCAAGUGGAAGGAGUCGUUUGACAAGCUGCUGUCCAGCCAAAACGGACUGUGCCUGUUCAGAGCCUUCCUGGUGUCGGAGUUCAGUGAGGAGAACAUCGCUUUCUACCUGGCCUGCGAGGACUACAGGUCCACGAAACCCUCAAAGCUGGCCGCCAAGGCAAAGAAGAUUUACGACGAGUUCAUCGGCUCGGACGCGCCGCGAGAGGUGAACCUAGACCAUGUGACUAAAGCCAUCACCCAGGAGAACCUGCAGGAGCCAACCCAGUCCUGCUUCGAUCUGGCCCAGGCGAAAAUCUACACUCUGAUGGAGAAAGACUGCUACCCCCGCUUCCUCAAAUCCUCAACGUACCUGGAGAUGAGCAGGAAGGCCCAGAGAGGCUAGGAGAAGACGGACACGCACCCCCGACCCGGCAAAGGGACGCUCGCUCAAAGAAGCACAACGGAGACUGGAAGAGUUCAGACAGAACCAAACCUCGGCCUGAGGAGCUCCACUCCGAGCUGUGGAGGAUUUUCAGAGACCAGAGGAGCCGGAGUGGAGGAGGAGGAGGAGGAGGAGGAGACACCCAGCUGUGAGACAGAGACUGGAGCUGCAGGCAGAGACUGCCUCUGAAACAUGAGCUGUAAAGACGUCUGGACGACGGCCGCCGCCGCAGCAAGGCGACAGGAAGCAAAGAGACGCUCAGGAGCCGCCGCUCCUUCCUAUUUAUU